AUGCGCGCUGUUCCUUUGGCCUUUGCCCGAGUGUCUCGGAUUAGUCGAGUGCCAAGGUUGCCUCAAUUUGGCGUCUCUUCCAUGCGAAUGAUGUCUGCUGCCCCUGGCCCAAAGCCCGUAAACCCAGAGUUUUCGUCAGGCCCUUGCAAAAAGCGACCCGGAUACGAUGUUUCCACCUUGGAUUCUCGUGUGGCUGGUAGGUCACACCGUUCCAAGCUAGGAAAAGAGCGCCUGGCCUUGGCCAUUGACGAGACCAAGCGUCUUUUGGGUGUCCCAGAGGACUACCUGGUUGGCAUUGUCCCUGCAUCGGACACUGGUGCCUAUGAAAUGGCCAUGUGGAACAUGCUGGGUGCCCGUAAUGUGGACAUUUGCCACUGGGAGUCCUUUGGAAAGGGGUGGUUUGGCGAUGCCGUGAGCCAUUUGAAGUUGAGGGAGAAUGGCAUUGAAGUGAAUGAGCACACUGCGGAAUAUGGCGAACUUCCCGACCUCAGCAAAACAAAUCCCGACAAUGAUAUUUGCUUUACGUUCAAUGGUACCACUUCUGGCGUCCGCGUCGCAGAGGGCUGCGAUUUUAUCUCGGAUGAUCGCACUGGUAUCACUCUGUGCGAUGCUACAUCUGCCUGUUUUGCCAUGAAUAUGCCAUGGGAGAAACUAGACGUCACAACCUACUCCUGGCAAAAGGUUUUGGGUGGUGAGGGUGCCCAUGGUGUCAUGAUUUUGAGCCCCAAAGCUGUCGAGCGCCUCGAAUCGUACACUCCGGAAAACAGACCAUUGCCCAAAAUCUUUCGAAUGGUCAAAAAGGGCAAGGUCGACGGUGCAAUCUUCAAGGGGGCGACCAUCAACACACCUUCAAUGCUUUGCGUUGAAGACUACAUUGACGCCCUCCAGUGGGCCGAUUCCAUUGGGGGAGUGCCAGCAUUGAUCAAGCUCAGUGAAGAGAAUCUGGCGGUUGUCGAAUCUUUUGUGGCUGAAAAUGAUUGGAUAGAUUUCUUGGCCAAGGACCCCGCAAUUCGCUCGUCGACUUCUGUAUGCCUUACUCUCGACUUGACUGCGGAUCAAAUCAAAGCAUUUGUUGCACUCUUGGAGAAAGAGGAUGUCGCUUACGAUAUUGGAGGAUACCGUGAUGCUCCUCCUUCCAUAAGAAUCUGGUGCGGAUCCACUGUCGAGAAGGCAGACGUGGAGGCUCUCAUGCCUUGGCUGAAGUGGGCAUACGAGGAGGUCAAGGAAAGUUAA